GUGUCGUCAUGGCGGCUCAUGUAUAGUGAAUGAGGAGGCGGUGUCCUCGCAGGAAAACUGGCUGCUUCUGGUUUCCAGACAUAAAUACAAAGCGGAGCCGGUCUGCGGGAGAAACGGGCACAAAGGAAAGAGGAGCAGUCCUGAGGUUGUGUGUGUUUUUAAAAAGCUGAAGAACACGAGAGUCAGGUUUUGAGACAUGCAUCUGCUCCCUGAAGAAUCAGCAGUUAAAAGCAGACUCCAUCGAAGAGGAGCUUGGACGGCAUGCAAAGUUGUGAAAUUUCGCCAGACAGCACUGAUGAUCCUCUUAGUAGCGACCUACACACUCAUCGACAGCCUAGAAUAGUAGUGAUUGGCGCUGGCUUGGCCGGCCUUGCUGCAACUCGGGUCCUACUGAGAAACGGCUUCACGGAUGUCACUGUUCUAGAGGCGUCAGACCACAUCGGCGGGCGAGUCCACAGCGUUCAGCACGGUGAAGCAACUUUGGAGCUCGGAGCCACCUGGAUCCAUGGCGCCAAUGGGAACCCAGUGUACCACCUGGCAGAGGACAACGGGCUGCUGGAGCACACCACAGAUGGGGAGAGGAGCGUGGGACGCAUCAGCCUGUACACCAAGAAUGGUGUCGCUCACUACCAGACCAACGUUGGGAAGAGGAUCCCCAAGGACCUGGUGGAGGAGUUCAGUGACCUGUACAACGAGGUGUACGAGCUGACUCAGGAGUUCUUCCAGAACGGGAAGCCAGUUUGUGCUGAGAGCCAGAACAGCGUUGGCAUCUUUACACGAGAUGGGGUCCGCAAGAAGAUCAUGUUGGAUCCCGAUGAUUCAGAGAGCAUCAAGAAGCUCAAACUGUCCAUGCUUCAACAGUACCUCAAGGUUGAGAGUUGUGAAAGCAGCUCUCCCAGUAUGGAUGAGGUGUCUCUGAGUGAGUUUGGUGAGUGGACAGAGAUCCCUGGUGCCCAUUAUGUUAUUCCUGAAGGCUUCAUGAAGAUCGUGGAGCUCCUGGCCCGGGACAUUCCCUCCCGCACCAUCAGCCUUAGCAAACCGGUCCGCUGCAUCCACUGGAACUAUUCAGCCCAGCAUCAGGAGGUGAUCGCCAAGAGCAGCGACACCAACCAGGACAACAACCACAACACGAACAACCACACCUGCCAGCCUCAGGACCCGCUGCUACUGGUUCGCCCCAUUUGCGUGGAGUGCGAGGACGAGGAGUGGAUCGUGGCCGAUCACGUGAUCGUGACAGCUUCUCUGGGCGUACUGAAGCAGAACCACGAAGCCAUGUUCUCCCCGUCUCUGCCAGAGGACAAGGUGCUCGCCAUAGAGAAGCUGGGCAUCAGCACCACCGACAAGAUAUUCUUGGAGUUUGAAGAGCCCUUCUGGAGCCCGGAGUGCAACAGCAUCCAGUUUGUGUGGGAGGAUGAGGCUCAGCUGGAACAGCUGGCCUACCCCGAGGAGCUGUGGUACAAGAAGAUCUGCAGCUUCGACGUCCUCUACCCCCCCGAACGCUACGGCUACAUGCUGAGCGGCUGGAUCUGUGGGCAAGAGGCACUGUACAUGGAGCGCUGUGAUGACGAAACAGUGGCUGAGACCUGCACUGAGCUGCUGAGACGCUUUACAGGGAACCCUGACAUUCCAAAGCCCCGGCGUGUCCUGCGCUCCUCGUGGGGCAGUAACCCGUUCAUCCGAGGAUCCUACUCCUUCACCAGGGUGGGCUCCAGCGGUGGGGACUGUGAGAGACUGGCCAUGCCACUGCCUUACGCCAACAGCACCAAGGCUCAACCUCUGCAGGUCCUGUUUGCUGGAGAGGCCACCCACAGAAAAUACUAUUCCACUACCCAUGGUGCUUUGCUGUCAGGACAGAGAGAAGCCACUCACCUGGUAGAGAUGUACCAGGACCUGCACAGAGCUCAAACCACGAAGCCUAAUAUGUAAAUAAAACAAACCUCUGACUAAUACUGAAAAAUAAAAACACAAACAAUAGAAAACUGUGGGUUUUUAAUCUUUUUAUUUUGAAGAUUAAGUUAUACUUAAAAACAUAGCUCGGGCAUUAUUACAUUGUUAACAAAUGAAUAUUGUUUCUAUUGUACUGUAGAUUGAAAUCACGCUAAUUUUCUUUGGGAUGUACUGGUCAAACGUUUCCAAUGGUGCUGUCAUUUUUGUGUCUUUAUCAUUUUAUCUUAUGUCGUUCUUUUUUCAAUCAGUAAUUUAAUGGUUAUAAUAACAGCUUCUGUAAUUUAACUUGUUUUUGUAAGUGCCUUCUGUAUGUAACGUUAUGUUCUUUCAAAAAUAAUGGAAAAUACUAAAUAAGUAUUCAGAAAGUUUUAACAAAAUAAAAACUCUAUGAUCAUCAAACAA